UCAAGUGGAAACUAGAGUUUAUUUGUUUGCAAAAUCAAGUUGUGGUAAUGGGCGAGUGUCACCCUAAUAUUUUGUCAAUUGCGAUUUAUAUUUUAAAGAAGAAGAAAUAAUCUGUGGUCGAUGACGUAAAUUAUAUCCAUUAAACUAUAAAAGGCACAAAUAAAUUUAUCCAAAAUGGGCAAGGGAUUUAAUAACUACAUGUGCAAGAAGUUCUUUCAUCCCGCAUCAAGAGAUAAUUUGAAACGGGUAUGGAUGGCAGAACAAAAAGCGGAAGCAUACAAAAAGAAACAAGAAGAACUGAGGCAGCAAUAUGAAAAGGAGCAAGAUCUUCACGAGAACAAAGCAAUGCUUAGUAAAGAGAGUAAAGACAAGUUGGCUGUAAACUUCAUGUAUGAACCACCACCCGGGGCCCGGAAAGAGAGAGAGAAAGAAGAUGAUGAGCCUGAAUAUAAAUUUGAGUGGCAAAGAAAAUAUAAUGCCCCUAGAGAAAGUUAUUGCAAAGGAGAUCAAGAAAUUCGAGAUCAACCUUUUGGAAUACAAGUCCGAAAUGUUAGGUGCAUUAAGUGUCACAAAUGGGGUCACAUAAACACAGACAAAGAGUGUCCAAUGUAUAGUCUAUCAAUGAGUGCGGCAAGGUCACUUGAAAGCAACACUAUUAUGGAUCAGAAAUCACUUGUUGCACAGAUGCUUGAAGAUGGGUUAGCAUUGAAGAAGAAACAUGUCAAUUCAGUUGAAGCAAACAAACAUUUAUUAGUUGGUGAAAAUGAAGAGGAAAAUUCUGAAGCUGUAUUCCUAAAAUCUUUAACGAAGAAACAGAAGAAGGCGCUUUUGAAGAAACUUGAAAAAAUUGAAAAGGAAGAGAUCAAAGCCAAAAAGGAAAAAGAUAAAAAGAAGGAAGAAGAUAGCAGUGAUGAUAGUGACAAUGAUUUCAAAAAGUCAAAUAGAUACAAGAAAAGUCACAAUCAGCCAAAAAGGAGCAACGAAGACAGUAUGAGGGGAUAUAGACCACCUAAUGAAAGCAGUGAUGGGAAAAAUUACAAUAAGAGAUCCCUUAGUGAUGAAAGAUCAAGAACACCAAGAGAAAGUGAGCAUAGAUAUAGACGGCCUGAUGACAAAAGAUACAAAAGGGAAAGAUCCAGAAGUCCAAUGGGUAAAAGAGAAGAAAAAUUGAAAUCUUCAGAUAACUAUUAUAAAAAACGUCGGAACACAUAAAGAUUAUCUUAAAUGUACUCGUAUAAAAACUAUAUAAUAUUAUAAUAUAAAAUGUUAGUUGUAAAUUGGACAAAAUUAAAUUACUUCUUAAAGAUUUAAAAAUUGGUAAACUUCUUCAGUACGAAUGUAAUUAAUUACCAAAAAAAGCAGGCC